AUGGCCGCGCCCGACUGGCUCACCCAGCUCAACCGCCUCUGGGGCGGCAACUCGGAGAUUCCCGUCGCGGAUGCGAAGCUGGAGGACAUCACCGGACUGCUGGGCGGCGGUCUCUUCCAGCCGCUGUUCAAGUGGAUGAAGGAGGCGGGACCCGUGUACCUCCUCCCCACCGGGCCGGUCACGUCCUACGUCGUCGUCUCCGACCCCGACUGCAUCAAGCAGAUCCUCUUCAACUACGGGUCCAAGUACAUCAAGGGCACCAUCGCGGAGGCUGGCGAGUUCCUCUUCGGCCUCGGAGUCGCGCUGCAGGAGAACGAGGCGUGGAAGAUCCGCCGCAAAGCCGUCGCGCCGUCGCUGCACAGGAGGUACGUGGAGGCGAUGGUGGACCGGUGUUUCGGUCCCUGCGCCGAGCGAAUGGUUGAGCUCGUCGAGUCCGCCAUCGACUCCGAGGGUGGCGAGAAGAAGCGGCUGAACAUGGAGUCCAAGUUCUCCCAGGCUGCGCUCGACAUCAUCGGGAUCAGCGUGUUCAACUACGACUUCAAGGCGCUGACGUCCGCGGCGCCCGUGAUCCAGGCCACGUACACGGCUCUGAAGGAGGUGGAGACCCGAUCCAUGGACCUGCUUCCGACGUGGCGACUGCCCGAGCCGUUCCUGCGGGUGGUCUCCCCGAGGCAGAAGGCUGCGCAGGACGCCGUCAAGAUCAUCCAGGAGGUGACCACCAAGCUCGUCGACGACUGCAAGCGCAUGGUGGAGGAGGAGGAGAAGGUGGGCGGCGCGGAGGAGUGGGCGAGGGACUACCUGAACGACUCCAACCCAUCCGUGCUUCGCUACCUCAUCGCCGCGCGGGAGGAGGUUUCGUCUACGCAACUGAGAGACGACCUGCUCUCGUUGCUCGUCGCCGGACACGAGACCACCGCGUCGGUGCUCACGUGGGGUACGUACGAGCUCCUCAAGCCCGAGAACGCCGAGCAGCUCAGGCUCCUUCGCGCCGAGCUCGACGAGGUUCUCGGGGACAAGCCCUUCCCGACGUACGAGGACAUGACGAAGAUGCCCUACCUGGAGCGGUGCUUCCACGAGUCCAUGAGGCUCUACCCGCAGCCUCCCGUGUACACCAGGCGCGCGGUGGUGGAGGACGUGCUUCCGAAGGGCCUCGGCGUCGUCCCGGCGGGCCAGGACCUGCUGGUCAGCAUAUAUAACCUGCACAGGUCGCCGGAGAACUGGGGACCCAACUCGCAGGUUUUCGAGCCCAUGCGGUUCGGCCCGCUCGCCCUCGGUCAGCCCAACGAGCUCAACACCGGGUACAGGUACACGCCGUUCAGCGCGGGCCCUCGGCGGUGCCCCGGGGAUAAGUUCGCGGUGCUGGAGGGCAUGGCGAUAUGGGCGGUGAUGUUCCGCAGGCUGGACCUGACGCUGGUGGCUGGACACGACGUGGUCAUGACCUCGGGCGCGACGAUCCACACUCGCGACGGGAUGCUCGUCAACGCCAGGCGGAGGCGGGGCGAAAAGGGUCAAAAGGUGGACUGGGCUCAGUUGAAGCCGGAGAAGGACAUUGGCGCCGGGUGGUUCGAGAAGGGCAUCGAGGCGAAGGGUUCUUCCGGUGGCGGCAAGUGCCCCGUGGCGCACUGACGAUGACGAGGCGGUUGCACGUCAGUCACAUUUUUAAUACACUUACGACAUCAGCUG